UCCUGUAACAAAAUCUCAACAGUGAUUGGCGAUUGGCACGUCCAAGUGUUUCAACAAGGAAAGGCAUAGAAAACAAUCGUAGUAGCUAAUAUUCUUGCAAUUUUCGGCACAUUUUUCUCUGACAAAGAAUUUUUGAGACACUUUGCGGAAUCAACUUAUAUAUAUUUGAGGGAAUCUUCCUUCACCUUCUCUCCAACAAGAUGUCCUGGCCAGAAGUGCUGACGGCAAAGAGCCAGAACCGGCACGAGUUGGUCUUGUCUGGCGCUGACAUUUCCAAGCGAAUCGAAGAGCGGAAGGGCCAGGUGGACCCAGCCCUGUUUGAUCUAAUCAAUAUCAACUAUCUUUGUGUCAGCGAGACGUGUCUCAGUACACUUCAUGUCAACGUGGCCAGGCUAAAAGGCCUGACCACGUUGGUCCUGCACACAAACAAGCUGACCCAGCUUCCAGACUGCGUUGGAGACCUGGAUAAACUUAAAAUCUUAGAUGUGUCUCGAAAUGAGCUCAGCGCUGUGCCAGAAACUCUCACCAAACUGUCCAACUUGACCUCUUUGAACGUCUCCUCGAACAAAAUCGUGAGCCUGCCGAGCUUCAAGGACAACCUCAAGUUGAGCAUUCUGGACGCCUCACAAAAUGAGCUAGAAGAGUUCCCGGAUUUGGUUUAUCCUGAGCUGGCACACCUGGCCGAAGUCAAACUGAAGGCAAACAAAAUUGCAGACAUUCCCAGAAAUAUCAGCUGUCUCCCUAGUUUGAGGCUGUUGGACUUGGAGGAAAAUUCUGUCAAAAUUGUGCCAGGAGAAUUGGCAGAUAACUCGAAAUUAAAAGAAGUCUUGCUGAAGGGCAACAAAUUGAAUGAUAAAAGGCUGAUGAAAAUGGUUGACCAGUGUAAGCCAAAGCAAAUCCUUGAGUACAUCGGCAAAAAUUGUCCCAAAGAAAAGGUUGAGUCUGGUGGAGGCAAAAAGGGCAAGAAAGGAAAAGGCAAGCAGCAGAGUGAUAAUAAAGAGGCAGAGGUUGAAGAUCUUUGCAAUAAAAUUGCAGUAUUGCACGUCGGCGAUGACACCCUGAAAGUAAUUUCAGAGGACGAGACUGUCAAACUAGUGAGACCCCACAUUGUUUGCUGCAUCAUUCGAGAUGUCAAAUUUACGACGGAAACUUUCAGGUCUUUCAUUCAAAUGCAGACCCGUUUGCAUGACACUACUUGUCAAAAACGGCAGCUAGCAACAAUUGCUACCCACGAUUUGGCUCUCUUCCCUUCUGGUCCAUUGCAGUACCUGGCGAGACCUCCAGCCAGAAUCAAACUUGUACCUUUGGGACAAGACAAGGUUAUUACUGCAGCUGAAAUGUUUAAGAAUUUGCAAGAGGAGGCCGAAGAGGAAAAGAGGACGCAGUCUGCGUCAGGAAUUUUUAGGUACCUGACCUUACUGGAAGGAAAGCAGGUUUACCCCUUCCUGAAAAAUUCUCAAGGAAAAACUGUUUCCUUGCCCCCAAUCACCAACAGCGAGCUUACAAAGAUCACUGAAUCAACAAAAGACAUUUUUGUUGAAAUCACAAGCGCUUCGUCACAGAAUGCCUGCAAAACAGUCCUUCACCAGUUGCUCCUGGACACAAUGGAGCUUGGCAUUGGUGAUUUUGAAGACGCGCCAGGUUUCCACAGUUUGAAGGUGCAACAAGUGCAAGUUGUCAAUGCGGAGGGCACUCUGAAGGUGGUCUACCCAUCCCGAGCCGACCUGCAGGUUGAAGAGUCGCAAAAGAUUGUGAUUAUUCGAGAAUAAAGUAAGUCACUUUGAUAAUCAUCU